GGCCGGGCUGGACCCGGCGCAGGGAAGAGGCGUGUCUGGGCCGCGGGCGGCGACGGUGCACAGGCAGGCAGCUGCUACCAGGCGACAGCGCAGGCGGUGGGUGAGCUCAGCGGCGGCAGGAGCGGCGGCAGCAGCAGCUUUUCUCUGCAGCUUCUCUUCUCUGCAGGUUGCUGGAUCAGCAGCCGCAACAUCAGCCUUCUUUUCACCAUACUCCUCGUUUUGGAGAAGUUUCCUCUUCUGAAAUUCAAAGUGUCUGUGUUAGACUUCCUUGGUGAUCCUCUUCCUGCGUGUAUGCUGAAUUUGAUCGCACUAUGGUCACUGUUCCCUAAAGCGUCGAUGACACUGACAUCACACACCAGGUCCUGAAGUCUCUUAGAAACAUAUAGAAGAGUUGAGCUUAAUUCUCCUUGCUUGUGAUCUCUGAGCUGUGACUCAGCACUUUCUCUUUGUUAUGAGGCUGUGUGUGAAGGGGAACUAAAGAUAAUGCUCUUAUGGAAAACACCAAUAGCAUUUCAAGACUGUAAAAAUCUGAGCUGAGGUAUCCACUGGCAGACGGAUCUACCAAAAGGUAUAUAUUAAGAGCUGGGCUUUGCAUUGUCAACUAAUCCAGAGGACAGUGUGCUUGAACACUACAACCAGAUUCUCCAGCCUUUUCUUUCUAACGUGUCGUGAUAUACUCCUCUGGUUUGACUUGUUUGCAGUCAAAAGGAGCCUCAGACAUUUCUUGGUUUUUUUUACCAACGGAGCAUAGGAACCUCUAACAUUUCCUCCUCCAUAAAUAGGAAAAACUGUAAAGGAGAAUCAACAUGGCUGAUGAUAGGAAGGACGAAGCUAAGGCACCGCAUUGGACCUCAAGUCAGAUAGCAGAGGCUUCAUCACACUCACAUUCCCCAGAGAUCAAGGAGCAAAGUGGCACAGGUGAAGGACUGGUGAGAAGUGCCAAUGGAUUUCCAUACAGAGAGGAUGAAGAUGGAGGAUAUGGUGCACGUGGGCAACAGAGCUCAUAUUCCAGAACCAAAGAGAAUGGAAUCAAUGGAGAACUAGCUACAGGAGAGAAAGAAACUGCAGAAGAAGUGUCUGCAAGGAUAGUCCAAGUAGUAACAGCUGAAGCUGUGGCAGUCCUGAAAGGGGAACAGGAAAAAGAAGCCCAGCACAAACAUCAGCCAGCGCCAUUACCUUUAGCAGUUGAAGAGACAGCUAACCUGCCUCCUUCCCCACCCCCGUCGCCAGCUUCAGAGCAGACUGGAACACUGGAAGAAGAAGAGGAAGAAGAAGAAGAAGAAGAAACAGUUAAAAGUCCAGUGGCUGAUGAACCCAAACCUGCAGUUGCCCUUGAGGAGGAACCUGAGAAAGUGAGUGGGCCUGCCGAGCCUUUGCAACAGGCAGAGAGCUCCAGGGAGGCCCAUCAGGAUUCCGUUCCCAAAGACGAAGUGGCACGCAAUGGGGAAAAGGCCACUAGAGCCGACGAGGAGCCCUCAAAAGCAAAAAUGCCUUCCUUGGCUUCGAAGAUGGAAAUCCGUGACCAGGAAGGUACAGGCCUUUUCGCAGCUGAGCCAUUAGACACAAAGGAAUCGGAGAAAGGAAGUAAGACUAGUGAGCAACUUAUACACGAUGCCUUAGUUUUACAGCCAGCAAAAAUAGAGACUGUACAAAAAGCAGAAUCACAGAGCAAAGAAGAAGAAAAAACUUUUCCAGAUGUUGAUCUAUCUGGCGAGACUCAUCUACAUCACGAACAAAGAGAUUUGUCAAUGGAAUCGCAUAAGGAAAGGAAAGCAGAUGAAGCUUCUGUUGAAGAGCUGCCCUUAAAGUCUAAAGAUGAUCUUAUCAGUAUUCCAAAAAGUGACUUUGCCUCUCCUGAAAGUAUAGGUUCUUUUUCACCUUCAGAAUCUACAAUGGACUUUACAGGCACAGUUAAAAGUACCUCUUCUUCUGAAACUUUGUCAGCUGCUCUACAUAAAUCUGAGCCAGAAGAUAGUAGCAAAACAACACAAAUAUCUACUGCUACAGAGAUUGCCAAAGACUUUUCAAAAGUUCAAGAACCUGACAAAGGCCUAACAGAAAAACAGGAAGGAGAAUGUGCAGUGGCAGCUACUCAUGCCUCUAAACCUGUUACAGAGCAAACACCUACCCCUCUUUGGGAAGAAGAGAAAGAUAUGACAGAGGAUGAAAGUGAUGAAGAGAGAUAUUCCAUGCCCAGUGGGCAAAAGCCAAAAGGAUUCGAUGAUCAGACUUAUGCAAUGCAUGACCAGGAAACAGCAAUUUUACAUAAAGAAAUUCGAGAAAAAGAAACGAACUCUAAAAAGACAUCUGAUGCUCACAAAGCAGAAGAGGAGACAACUGGGGUUUCAACAAUACUAGAUAUUAAAAAAGAGGGAAAACACAGCACUGAGACUUCUGCAGAUGGAUUCAACCAAGAAUUAGAUAAAGUUGCAUUAUCAACAAUAGAGAAAACCCAUCUUGAACCAAGUGAAAAAUCUUUGCAAGGAAAAGAUUCUGGAAAGGAUGGAAAAGGAGAAUUUUUUUCCGUUGGAGAUUCAGUAACUCACAGUAUGCAGCUAGAAGAGGAUAAAUCAGGAAUGUCUAAGUAUUUUGAGACAUCUACUCUUAAAGAUGAAGCUAUCAAGAGUGAUGUGCUACAACAAGGCAAUGAUUAUUAUGAACUGAGUGAUACUAAAGAACAGGCCUGUGACCCUUACCAUAAAGACUUCCUAGUGUUUCAAAAAGAUGCUGAGGAAUUUCAGCCAGAAGUGUACCAACACCCCAGUGUACCAACUCAUGAAAUAGGAUAUAGUACUCUUGCUCAGGGCUUCCGAGAUGAUGAUGAAGCCGAGGAGCCUAGCUCUCCUACAGAAAGAAUGUACACUAUUGACCCAAAUGUAUAUGGGGAUAAGAGAGAACUCCAUAGUAAAAAUAAAGAUGACUUAACUCUAAGCAGGAGCUUGGGACUUGGUGGCAGAUCUGCCAUAGAGCAGAGGAGUAUGUCAAUUAACCUGCCAAUGUCCUGCUUGGACUCUAUUGCACUAGGAUUUAAUUUUGGGCGUGCACAUGACCUUUCACCUCUAGGUUCAGAUAUUCUAGAUAAUGCUAGUGGAGAUGAAGGUGAUGAUUACUUGCCAGCCACCACCCCAGCAGCUGAAAAAGCCCCCUCUUUCCCAAUGGAGAGCAGGGAAGAAGAUGAGCAAACUGAGGAGUCAACAGUAAAAGAAGGGGGAGAUAUCCAGGUGGAGCCUUUAUGCGAAUCAUCCUUCCUGGCUAAAGAUUAUUACAAAAAUGGGACUGUAAUGGCUCCUGACUUGCCAGAAAUGUUAGAUUUAGCUGGCACAAGAUCAAGACUAGCAUCUCUGGGUACAGAUGCUGAGGUAGCACAAAGGAAGUCCAUUCCAUCAGAGGCUGUCGUUGAGGACAGUGGUGCAACCCAGCACCUUGUGGCCAACGAAAACCACAUGACUCUAAAAGCUGACAGUCAGCUAGAAGAUUUAGGUUAUUGUGUUUUCAAUAAGUACACGGUGCCAAUGCCAUCUCCCGUUCAGGACAGUGAGAAUUUGGCAGGAGAAAGCUGUCCCUUUGAUGAAAAGAUUAGAAGAGGUGUCAUUACAGACCUCUCUUUGAUAGAAGUAAAGUUGGCAGCAGCUGAAAGAUCCAAAGAAGAGAGAGAUAUCUAUGAUGACUCAGCCAUUUUGGGCAAGGAGUUUGAACAGGAAAGAAAAGCUAUUGAUAAACUAGAUACUGUGCUAGAAAAAAGUGAGGAACACAUUGAUUCUAAAGAAGCUGAUUUGUCUGAGGACAGUGAACAUGAAAAAACAAGACCUGAUUUGACUUUAGAAAGUGUAGAUGAUAAAAAUCUGGUUGGACUAGAAGAUAAAGUCUCUUUGUUUACUGACAAAGAGGAAGAAGCUAUUCAUGUUGCAGAGAUAGCCGAGUCAGACAUUUCCUAUAAACCAGACUAUGAUGCUAUAAAGCAUGAUAUGGAUUCUGCUGCUCGGAAGGUUGAACAGGAGUAUCAGAGUAAGUUAGUUCAUAUUAGUGAGUCUGUUUCAGAGCAUGACUCAGAGGAUCAAGAAAAGAUACUUCCCACAUUACUCCAAGAACCUAGUAUCUGUACAAAACUUGAACCUAGUCAUGUAAAAGAUGCCACCAAAUUGUCUGAGAUGGAAGUUAAGGAAAAAGGGCCUAAACCUGACCUGGUGCAUCAAGAAGCAGUAGAUAAAGAAGAAUCUUAUGAGUCAAGUGGAGAUAAUGAUCAAGCUCAGGAGGGUUUGCCUGGAGAAACUUCCAAACCCUGUGAUGGCAAAAUAGAACCAGAAAUUUCAUCUCUGUCUGAAGAGGAGACUGCAUCACAAUUGCUGGUGGAACAGCCAGCCAAAGAAACAGAAAUACCUAAAGCUACUCAAGAAGAAUCAGCUGAAGUCCAAAUGGAGACCAUACCACAGCCUAAGGAAGACAGUGUGGAAUCUGUGGCAUUAGUUGGCACUGUGAAAACUGAGGAUUUGCCAUCUGAUUUAUCAUAUGAGAAAGUAAGAGAUGAGGAAGAACAGCAGGAGAAAGACAGUAAGCAAGAAGAACGACAACACGAGGAAGAACCAAAGCAAAGAGAAGAACUGGAGAAAGAGAGUAAGCUAGAAGAAAAGCAUGAGGCAGCGGUUAAGCUGGAAGAAGAGGAGGUGGUUAGACUGGAAGAAGAGGAGGUAGUUAAGCUGGAAGAAGAGGAGGUGGUUAAGGUGGAAGAAGAGGAGGUGAUUAAGCUGGAAGAAGAGGAGGAAAUUAAUCAAACAAACAAAGAAAGGGACUUGGAGAAACAGGAGGAGGAGGAGGAGGUGUGUAAAGCUAUCCCUGGGGAAGUACCUGAACUCAAAGGAGUAAUAGAGUCUGUUGUUACAAUUGAGGAUGACUUCAUCACAGUAGUGCAGACAACAGUAGAUGAAGGAGAAACUGCCUCCCAUAGUGUGCGCUUUGCCGAAGCACCACAGGCUGAGACAGGAGAAGAAGACUUUCAUCCUGAAGAGGAGGUGGAAAUGGAAGUAGUAGCUGAUGUUCAAGAAGAGACAAAAGAGAGUUCUCUAGAAGCUCCUGUUUCAUUGGAGAGGGAAGAUGUUCCAUUAACUGAUUUCAAGACAGAGACGUAUGAUGAUUAUAAAGAUGAAACAACCAUUGAUGACUCCAUCCUGGACACAGACAGCAUAUGGGUGGAUACUCAAGAUGAUGAUAGGAGCAUCAUGACAGAACAGUUAGAGACUGUUCCUAAAGAGGAGAAGGCAGAGAGAGAAUUGCGGAGACCGUCUCUCGAUAAGCAUAAAAAAGAGAAACCUUUAAAAACUGGGAGAGGCAGGAUUUCUACUCCUGAAAGAAAAAUAGCUAAAAAGGAACCUAGCACAGUCUCCAGAGAUGAAGUGAGAAGGAAAAAAGCUGUGUAUAAGAAAGCUGAACUUGCUAAAAAAGCUGAAGUUCAGGCUCACUCUCCCUCCAGGAAAAUCAUUUUAAAACCUGCUAUCAAACAUACUAGACCAACUCAUCUCUCCUGUGUUAAGCGGAAGCAGACAGCUGCUGGUGGCGAAACAAACCAAACUCCUGGGAUGUUUAAGCAAGCAAAGGAAAAACUUUCAACUUCUUCUUUGUCAAAGAUUCCUGCCUCAAAGGUUAGAGCAAAGUCAUUGCUUCCUCCACGACCCAGCUCAGCUUGCUCACUAACUGCUAAAAAAGCUACUUUGCUCGAUACAGACAAUUAUUUUUCACGGCCCUCUUCAGCGGGCCCAAGAGACUGCUUGCCAUAUUCAAAAACAAAUGCUCAGGAUGGCAUAACUAAGAGUCCAGAAAAACGUUCCUCUUUACCAAGACCUUCUUCUAUUCUACCCACCCGAAGGGGCUUAUCAGGAGACAGAGAACGAGAUGAGAAUUCUUUCUCCUUAAACAGCACUGUCUCCUCAUCAGUACGGCGGACCACCCGAUCAGAGCCUAUUCGAAGCCGAACAGGAAAGAGUGGCACAUCAACUCCAACUACUCCAGGAUCCACAGCCAUCACUCCUGGGACCCCACCUAGCUAUUCUUCCCGUACUCCAGGCACUCCUGGAACCCCUAGCUAUUCCAGAACCCCUCACACUCCGGGUACCCCCAAAUCUGCUAUUCUUGUGCCCACUGAGAAGAAAGUUGCCAUCAUACGCACACCUCCAAAAUCUCCAGGCACCCCAAAGCAACUACGGCUCAUUAAUCAGCCUCUGCCUGAUCUCAAGAAUGUUAGGUCCAAAAUUGGAUCCACGGAGAACAUCAGAUAUCAGCCUAAAGGAGGACAGGUUAGGAUUUUAAACAAGAAGAUUGAUUUUAGCGAUAUUCAAUCCAGAUGUGGUUCCAAGGAUAACAUCAAACAUUCAGCAGGGGGAGGAAAUGUUCAGAUUGUAACCAAGAAGAUAGACUUGAGUCAUGUGACUUCCAAGUGUGGAUCAUUGAAGAACAUCCGUCAUAGGCCAGGUGGGGGACGAGUGAAAAUUGAGAGUGUGAAACUGGAUUUUAAAGAAAAGGCCCAUGCCAAGGUUGGUUCACUUGAAAAUGCUCACCAUGUACCUGGAGGAGGUAAUAUCAAGAUUGACAGCCAGAAGCUAAACUUCCGAGAGCAUGCCAAGGCCCGUGUGGAUCAUGGCGCUGAGAUCAUCACGCAGUCACCCGGCAGAUCCAGCGUGGCUUCCCCACGGAGGCUCAGCAACGUCUCAUCCUCUGGCAGCAUCAACUUGCUUGAAUCUCCUCAGCUUGCUACCCUUGCUGAAGAUGUCACUGCAGCCCUAGCUAAACAGGGCUUAUGAAUUUGCUUUGUUUAGCAGUGUUUGAAGUAAUAAUAUUUAGGCAUGAGCUCUUGCCAGGAACGGGCUCUGAGCAAGUGUUAAACGUUCAUUCUUUACCAUGUCUAAAAUUAAGUCACAUCCCAAGACUGUAGUAACCAUAAAAUAAAAACUGGGAAAAAGAUAUCUAUAGAUGCAGAAAUUGGCCUGAUUUCCAUUUACAGCAGGAAGACACUGGCUUUUAUGUGGGUACAAUUGCAGUAUAUUACAUUGGACAAUUAUUGUUGCUCUGCUCUGUCUUGCAUGGAGUACUGUACUAUUGAUACAAUGCAUUUUUACCUUUCAUGUGCCUGAAGGCCAUCCACCACUUUUUGAAGAGCCUUGUUAAAUACCUUGAGUUGCUCAUUUUAACAUUUGAUUGAUGGAUGGAAUUAAGGGACAUCUCCCACUGUAAUUUAUUAACAGGUUAAAUUAAACUGGAGUGUCUGAGUACCAGACAGAAGGGCAAAUAGAAGAUGUCAAAGCUUCAAAAAAAGGGAGUGGGGUGGGGUUAUUUUAUAUAAAUGGGUAGAAGAAAGAGUCGAUUAAGUUAUUAACGUUGUUGAACUUGGAUAAUUAUGUCAGUGUAUAGCUGAUUCUGAUAAAUUAUUUAACUAAUAAUUAAAGAAAGUAGUUGAAAAAAAUAAUAUGAACUGUAUUGGGGAAGUGGCAUUUUUCUUUUUUUAAAGCAGCUACUGAAACUAAGCAAUGGAAUUGUGUCUGAUUAGAAUGUUGGUUAAGCAGCUUAGGUUUGUGUCUACACUACUGGUUUCACAUCCUUUCCAUCUGUUUGAUACAGUAUUAUUAUAGAUAUAUAUUUCUCUGUGGCCAUUUGUGAUACGCCCUCAUACUUGAAUACUGUAUUCUACUUCUUUAUUCACAGUAUCUGUGUCUCUUGCACCCUUUGGUGUUGCAAUUUUAGGUAUGUAAAAGUAGAUGUUAGCAGGGUUUUUAUUUCCCUAUUCAAAAUUUUAAAAAUACAAAAAAAAAAAAAAAAAGACAAACCUUCUAGCAUGAUAUUGCUUUCUGUAACAUCUCAAAACUGUGACCCUGUUUUAAUGCCAGAUGCAAGUCUCUUCUGUGAUACUAGAAAAAUUGUUCUCCCCUUCCUUAUUCCCUUUUUACUUCACCAAAACUGACUUUAUAAAGUCCAGGUAUUUGUAAAGAGGUCUCCCAAAAAGAUGGUUUUGGAUUCUAGAUUUUAAAAAUGAAAUUAAAAAACGAUUGUUUCAUUCUAGAUUAAAAUAAAUUUAAAAAUCCUGCAGUAAGAGUGAAGUUUAAAGUUUUCUUUUUCUUUUGCUAAAGUUGAAAGUCCAAGAAAUGGUGAGUUUAACAGAAAUCAUUGAAUUUAAUGGCAUCUUUGCAUAAAUAUGCUCAGGUGCCUCAGAUAGGAGAAUGAUACUCUGGAGAGAUACCUACAUAAUGAAUGAUGAUUACCGCUAGCAUAAUUAAUAAGUUCCCUGGACAGCAUCACCAAGGUGAUGGAACUGAUACAUAAAUCUGCAGGAAGAAUAUGUUGCAUAUAAAAAGUAUAUGACAAGUGUGUAUAAAAAGAAAGAAUACAGGGACACCUAAACAUUAAAACAAGUGGAGUCUAUGGGAUUUCCUUCCACCACUACUAUAUGGACUCUAUAUGGAUACUGAAGGUGCUACGGUAAUAUGACUCAUAAGUGGGCAAUAGUCCACUCAUGUUAUGCACUCUAGCUUUGACUAGAUGAUAAUUAAAUUACCUAUUACAACCUGCAGAUUGAUUGCUCUUUUCCUUAUAAAAUCACCUAUAUAAUAUAUGCAUGCUCUCAAAUUGAGCUAUACAUGAAUGAUUCAUUAAGAUGGCUUUGUAUGUUUAGAAGCUGUUUGAAAGGGGGCUGCCUCUUAAAUAUCUUAAAUCAUGUGUGUAUUCAAGAUUGAUCCACUGAUACUUACACAUAAAUAAUUUUUAAAAAUCAGUGCUAUGAAUAACCAAGAGUCCUGUGGCACCUUAAAAACUAGCAUAUUUAUCAUGGCAUACAUUUUUGUGGACUAGAUCCCACUUCAUCAGAAUCACAGAUCUACUCCAUCAGUAUUCCAGUACUGUUCCAUAAUAGCAUGGAGUUCCAUAGAAUUCGCAUCUUAAAUUUUAUAAACCAGCUUCCUAAAUUGCAUUGGCUUUUAUUUGUAAAUAGAUGGGUACAGGCAAAUCUUAGCACAAUCAAAAUGAUUGUGAGGAUGAAUGCUCCUUACUGAAUAUAAAAGCCUACAUACUCCAAAAUGUUACAUCUUAAAAGCUGUCUCAUCAUAUGGCCUAAUAUGGUUUAUAAUGAAGGCACAUAGCAAGGAAAAGGUUAGUUUAGAAUCUAAAGUGCAUCAGGAGGAUUAUUCUGCCCUGUGAUUGCUGUGACAUUGCUUAGAAUUAUCAUGUGAUGUACAAACAUACUAAGAACGUAAGAAGAGCCCUGCUGGCUUAGACCAAGGGUCCAUACCGUCCAGCAUCCUGUGGAACUCCUAGCCACUGCUCCAGAAACAUUUUUAAAGAAGCAAAAGAGCAGUAUUUUUUAAAGAAAUAUCGUAGCUCUGACUUUAUGCCAUCGGUUCGUGCAGAUUAGCCUCUCAGUGUCGUUAUGUUAUUUUCCAAUAUUAGAGUGUGAGAGAGAGCCCAAGGUACUACUGAACCUCACAUGGACCGAUGCCGAGUGCCAGCCAGUCGGAACAGUGUUUAAUCUGUGACUAUUUUGUAUUCCGCUUUUUGAAAUAUAAACACAUUCUAGAUGGUGAAGUUAAGUUAUUGAGUAUAUGUGUCAAAAGCUGCCAAAUCAUUAAUUUCAUGCUGCAGUUUUAUCUUUCUCAUCUUCAAGCUAAGUCCUUGUAAUCAAUAAUCGUCCUUCCAUAGAAAGCGUUUCAGAACCUGAUGGAAUCAUACAAACUGAUGGGGCAGCAGGAUAUCAUGUUAUAAAAUAAGAAAUGCACACACUAUGUUACAAGGCUCUAGAUUUUCAUUGGGGAUGGGGGUGGGGAAAGGUCAACAAAAUCUUAACCUGCCCAACAUAGGCAUGAUUUAAACACCAAUGGCACAAUCCAGUGCAAAGUUCGCUUGCACAAGCACCAUUGAAAUAAAUAAGAGUUAUGCAAGAACAGUGCUGUUCCUCUUUUUAGCAGGAGACCUUCCCAGUGGAUUAUGCCCUAUUUAAAUGCUUCGAAAGCAUGUAUUUGUCAUUCUGUUGAUCUGGCACAAUAACCACAAGCUCUCAGAUAAGCUGAGCUAACUAAAAUAAAUGUCACCUUCAACAUCAUUGGAGAGGCAAGAUACAAACCCAUUAAAUAAAUAAUGCACUUGUUGCAAUUUACAGAUUACCAAUAUGAAUUAAAGUAUUUAGAACCAAAGUAAAUCAUCCAUAAAUUCUCCAAUUUAUCUUUUGGAGAAAGGCAGGACUCCUGUUUCUUUCUACCUGAUUAGACUCUGCUUUUGUGUAAUCCUUGUAGACAUGAAGGGACUGAAAAAAGAUAGGCAGACCUUUGCCACCAACAAGAGUCCAAACCAAGCUGCUAAUUAUGAGGACGUAAUCCCUUGUUUUACUGGGAUAUUAUACCUAGAACAUGGUAUUGGACACCAAGCACUAUGCUCAUGCACAGCUGCAACAGUUCUCUUCAUUAUAGCUGUUUGCAAUUCUAAGACGGCUUAGUGUAUGUCCCAUAAGGAUCCAAAAUGUCAUGAUAAACAUGAAACAGGCAUCCCUGUAGCACUGGACUCAAAAGUCCCUUCCAAAAGACAUUGUGCAAAUCACCUUUGUAAUACAAGACAUCGCAGCAGACCAAAUAUCAGCCUAAGCCAAACCUGCAAUGUUUAACCUGCAAUUUCUGAUCCACCAGACCAAACACAGCACAUCAGAAUACAAAUAUGAUGAAUAUUUAUAUACCGCUUUUCAACAGAAGUUCCCAAAGCAGUUUACAUAGUUAUAAAUAAAUGUCUAAAAGGGCUCCCUGUUCCCAAAAGGCUCACAAUCUUAAAAAGAAAUGUAAGAUAGCCACCACCAACAGCCACUGGAGGGAUGCUGUGGUGGGGCUGGAUAGGGCCAGUUGCUCUCCCCCUGCUAAAUAAAAAGAAUCACCACUUCUAAAAGGUGCCUUUUUGCUCAGUUAGCAGGGGACUCAAUAAACCUGUUUUUGCUGCCUCCUUGAGACUAGCAAAACAAGGAGAUUGCCCAGCCCGUAAAAGACCACCAGGCAGAGCUGGCAGUGUUCAGUUUGGUGUCACAAAUUAGGCAGGCCUAGCCAAAUCUUAAAUUAGAGCUUGUUCACUACUAACUGCUUAGUCAAGCAAAUUCCCUUAUAAGUAGAAUAAUAGUUCUUGCAGAUCUGGUAAGAUUAGGCCCAACAGCCAUUUCAACUUUAGCAAAAAGAAAUCUAAAAUCAACUAUAUACUGGAUACCCCCACCACCACCUUAUUAUUUUUAUUUUUAUUUUUAUUUUAAAGAAAUACAAUAGGCCAUUACAAAGUUUGUGGAGUCAUUUCCUUUCCUGAUAAUUCUAGAGCCUGUUAUCAUAAAAGAGCAUUUCUUGAAUGGCUGGUGGUAGGUAGUUCAUGUUUUUCAAUCCAAUUUGCAAUUGUAUUUGUUGCUGUAUAGUGAUUGUUUUGCAAAAUAAAAUCGCUUGUCAUCUAA